AUGGCGCCUGCCGUUAUUCAGCAGGGAAAUUAUCACGACCACUCCUCUGGCACAGAGAUCGCAAAUUGCAAACACCAAAUUUCGCCACAGCAUGUCGACAUGCGUCAACAAAGGCAGGAACAGCAAAACCCUGACUUUAUCGUUUCUAGUUACUCAAUGGAUCGAAAGGAGACCGAGGCGCUGAUAUCCUCCUCUUGCAACGGCGCGCUGAACACUGAGACGAUGGAACUAGUCAUAGCCGCGGCAAUUGAUGCCUUCAAACUUGUGUUCACUGACCUGGAGUUGCUGGCAAUCCUGUAUGAAGUAGAUACCGAUGUAGUUUCGGGAGGCGCUUCCCGGAAAAUCCGCCCACUCGCGCUCAAUAGAGCCAUCACGGCCGGAAAUAGUUAUGCGAACGAAGAAAAACUUGGAGAGAAAGAAUCGGAAUUAGAAGAGAAAGAGGAGGCAGUGAGAGAAAAGGAGGAAGAAUUGAAGGAGACGAUCACGGUGGUCAAGGAUGCAUACCGCCGCGAUCCUGCAGAAGAAUGGAAGAGCUCUCAGUAUCCUACUGAGGGUAUAGAAAUCCUCUUCAGGGCUUUCAGUAAUGAUGUUAAAGAGCUCGGCGGGACGAGUCUUCUGAAGAAUAACUACAAAGCUCCUAUGGCCAAGCUCGAUAUCGCUACUAUAUUGGAGCAAGGUUUACUCUGCAUCAAGAUCAAAUAUCUAGCGGCCAACACAACUAUGCAAGAGUGCAUCGGCCGUUGGAUAACCGCCUUUGAACAGUCGCUCCGGUCGGUGAUUCAUCUCACGCAAACACUAGAGCAGGAAAUCCCGCAUCCAACUCUCCAAGACUACCCACUACUCCAACUACAGACGGACGCUGAGCUCGAGGAGGUGAUGGAGAGUUGCCGCUCGCAACUUAGGGGGCGGCAGCUGGUCGAGAUUGAGGAUAUUUUCCCCUGCACACCGAUGCAAGAAGGUAUGCUCGUUUCGAAUCUGAGGGCCGCCCACUUGUACCAGGUGCGAGGUACAAAGGAAAUCAAACCCAAAUACCGGAUCGGUUCGAUCGACAUCUCCACACUGCAGGAAGGGUGGCACGAGGUAGUCCAGCGCCAUCAGAUCUUGCGCACGGUUUUCGUGCAGGCUAAAGUUGGGAAAAGAAGCUUCCUUCAAGUUGUUCUCAAAAGCCCAAUGUCAAUGAUGAAGUCUGUUUCUGUCGUUGACUAUGAGAAUGAAUCGCAAAUGCUGGAUGAUGAUCACAUCCAGCUUCCCGGCCUUGAUAUGCCACAACAACACUUCAAAAUAUGCCGAGUCGCCGAUGGGGGUCGUCUCUUCUGUCGCGUAUACAUGCACCAUGCUAUCAUUGAUGGAUUCUCCAUGUCGCUCCUCUUUCGGGAUCUCACGCAAGCAAUCGACGGUACUCUUGCCUAUGAGGCUGAGCCUCAACAAUACAAGGCAUUUGUGAGCUACCUCGGCGAACAAGAUCGUCACGCCAGCUUGUCUUUUUGGAAUAAUUUCCUUUCUGGAGCAUCAGCAUGCAAACUUUCGUCUUUCUCUGGUGGUUAUCCAGGUGCGACGAAUGUGCUCCGGCGACACGUAACUUGGACUGCUACCCAGACUUCCACGAUACGAAAGGUUUGCAAGCACAUCGGCAUCUCGCCUGCGAGCUUUUUCCGCUCAAUCUGGGCGUUGGUACUACGAUGCUACGCAGGAUCUGAUGACGUUUGUUUUGGUACAAUAAGUUCUGGUCGCCUAAUCCCUGUGACAGGUAACACUAGCGUAGUUGGACCCAUGAUCGCAAAUGUGACUUGCCGAGCUCAAAUGACAGCGUCAAUGAGCAUCACAACACUUUUGAAGACGAUGAUGAAGGACUAUGGGAGAAGUUUACCUUUCCAGCAUUGCUCCCUCGCCGAAAUUACGCAUAGUCAAGGCUUGGGUGGCUCACCUCUUUUCAAUACCGUGGUCAACUUCCUGGCAGGUCAUCCAAAAGAUGACCUGCUAGAAACUGCUCUGUGCACCCUUGAGUAUGUCGAGUUUUACGAUCCCUCAGACUACGAUAUAAUAUUGGAAAUUGUGGAUGAAUCAUCAAUUAUGUCCAUGUCGUUCAACACCUGGAGAUCAUUCAUCCAGGAGGAUGAAGUAGAAUGCAUCAUUGGCACUUUCAGCCAAGCUAUUGCAUCUGUCGUAGCAGACCCUGAUCAAACCAUUGGAGGAUUGAGCCUCUUCAGUCCGGCAGACAUAUCAAAGGUGCAAUCAUGGUCCAAAUAUCAGCCUCCGCCAAUCUAUAGUACAAUCCAUGAGCAGGUUAGCCGUCAGGCUGCAUUGAAUCCCGCAAAGAUGGCUGUUUGCUCAACGUCGCUAAAUCUGACAUACGGAGAACUUGACUCACUUUCAGACUGCCUAGCUCAUAUGCUAGUAGAAUCGGGAGCGGGAAGAGGUAGCGUGGUGCCGUUUUGUAUGGAAAAAUCCGUGUGGGCAACUGUCGCAAUGCUGGGUGUGCUUAAAGCCGGAGCGGCCUUUGUGCCCCUAGAACAAGCACAUCCGAUAGCUCGUCUAGAAUGGUUCAUUGACGAGAUAGGGGCAGACAUCAUUAUUUGCUCGAGCGACACGCUUCAGAAAGUUCAAGGUCUCUACAAAAACAGAUCAAGUGCUCAAAAUAGACUGAAGGUGGUGCUGGUGGAAGAUGCGACCAGUCGAACACCAUCCCCAGCAUCAUUACUCCCUUCGGUCGAUCCCCAUGAUACGGCAUACAUUAUCUUCACUUCAGGAUCGACGGGCAAUCCCAAAGGAGUCGUAGUCUCACAUAAAGCUGCAUGCGGCAGUAUGGCGCAAUGUGCAGAAGCAUUCCAAAUGGACUCUAAAUCAAGGGUACUCCAAUUCUCAGCAUACACUUGGGACGCAAUAGUAUGCGAGAUAUUUUCCACUCUAGACUGUGGUGGAAUAGUAUUUGUACCUAAUGAGGUAGAACGAAUGGAUGGGCUCGUCGAAUUUAUCGAGAAAAUGAAGCUGAAUUGGCUGUUUCUUACUCCGAUAGUGCUGCGACUCAUCCCGCCCGAAAAAGUAACCCAAAAGCUGACUAUUAUCACCAUUGGAGAACUACUUGGCCAAGAUCUUAUCGAGAUGUGGCAUGAAAAAGCACUGUUGAUCAAUGCUUAUGGGCCAACGGAGAUUUGCGUCGCAUGUACAGCUGGAGUUGUCAAGAAAGGAGCAUCCGGCCGUUCCAUUGGCAAGCCCUUUGGAAGUAGGGCAUGGGUGGUUCUACCAGAGGAUCAUAACCGCCUUUCGCCGCUCGGAAGUAUUGGUGAACUCUUAAUCGAAGGACCAAACCUCGCACAGGGAUACUUCAAAGACGAGCAGAAAACGGCAGCAUCGUUCCACAGCAACCCUCCUCGAUGGGCUGCUCAGUUUGACCUAGAAACGAGCUGUAGAUUUUUUCAAACCGGCGACUUGGUUCGACAAAAUAUCGAGGAUGGCUCUUUAAUGUUUGUUGCUCGAAAGGAUACCCAAAUCAAAAUUAAUGGGCAGCGUGUUGAGCUCGGAGAGGUAGAGCACCACCUUCUAAAUUCGGAGAGUACCAGUAUCAGGGAUGCAAUGGCUAUGGUUCCUAAGGAUGGACCAUGGAAGGGCAAGCUAGUGGCAGUACUCUCUCUACCGCACUAUGGUACCUCAACGAAGACAAAUACAAUCCCUUUGGUUUCACCGUCGCUCCAUAACGAGGUAGCCAAGGAGAUUGUCCGAUCCCGACGAAGGCUUGAAGACAGCCUCCCAGCAUAUAUGGUUCCGACUUUCUGGAUUCCAUUGACAGAGCUUCCAGUACUUUAUUCUGGGAAAAUUGAUCGCUCACAGGUUUCUCGUUGGCUUAGUGAACCCGAUGAAAAGAAUAAGGAGCAAAUACAAGCAUGGGUGGACAGCAUUCAUACAUUAGACGAGCAUCAGAAACACCCUACAACGCCGGCCCAAGAGAAGCUGCAACGAAUUUGGGCCAACGUACUACAUCUUCCAGCAGGCAAAGUCGGCGUUGACAGAUCCUUCCUUAGCCUUGGAGGUGAUUCAAUUUUGGCUAUAACAGUCGCUACACAGAGCCGCGCUGCUGGUAUUCCUGUGAUAGUUCAGGAUCUGCUUCGCCGAAAGACCCUCGAAGAAUUGGCGCCAGCAGCUGAAAUAGAAGCACCAGGACUGCAGGAGCCGAAUUCAGAGCAAAGUUCCAAGCUUUCAUCCGCACAAGCAUUUUACCUUGCUGCUGGUCAGGACCAGCUUAUCCAUCCAGGCCUUCUUAUCAGCUUACGGCAAUCUGUGGAGUCUGACGAAGUCUUAGCAGCCGUCAAGAUUCUAGUUGAUCGUCAUCCAACGCUGCGAGCUCGCUUUGAGCAGAAUGGAGAUGAGGAUUGCAAGUGGACGCAAAGACUAGUUCAUGAUGUACAAGAUUCGUGGAUCUCCCACUCCCAUCAGCUUGACAGCGCGGAAGAGAUUGAAAUGGUCUAUGCUAGCAGCCAGAGUGAUGUGGCAAUCCAACCUGGCCCAGUCUUCUCUGUUAAUCUAAUCCAUAUACAGCGCAAAGUGCCCUGUGAUUAUAUACUCUUUACAGCAAACGCUCUGGUCGCUGACAUUGAGUCUUGGCGUAUCAUAUUCGAGGACCUUGAGAAUAUCUUACAAACAGGCGCUCCUCUGCAAUCGACAUCUAUGCCAUUCCUGGACUGGAUUGACCGGCAGCCAAUUACCGCAGAGGCUGCACUGUCUACCGAAGUAAAUCCUGAUGACUGGGGCUUGAAAGCUGGCUACUACAAUGACUUAGCCGUCGCUGACUUCUCAAUGAGCCAAGAUGAGACCGAGCUGCUGCUGACCUCGUGUAAUCGCGCGCUACGGACUGCACCAACGGAUCUAAUCAUUGCUGCCGUGCUAGAUGCUUUCGAACAUGUGUUCACUGACCGGAAGUUGCCAACAGUCUUUAGUGAACAAGAUGCACGACAACCUUUACAAGGUAACAUGAACAUUGCCAGGACAGUAGGUCUGUUCACGAAGAUAUUUCCUAUUUCGCUACAGCCAGAGGACACGGCGGAGCAGCAGCACGAAUUGGGCAACUCGAGUAUAAGGGAAACAAUCAUCAAGGUCAAGGAUUGUCUCAUGGCGGCUAAACGUACACAUUGGAGUGGUAAAGCGAUAUCUGCCAGCCAUGAGCCAAUGGAGAUCCUUUUCAGGGCAUUUAGCACGUUUCAAAACCUUGGAGGGGAAGGAACUAUGCUUCAAGCCAGAAUCUUAGCAGAGCAACGCCAUGUAGCGUCAUUGGCAGUAUUCGAAUUUUCUCCCUCCUUAAAGCAAGAUUCACUGGUCAUCAAACUCAGCUACCCCUCCUGCAUUCUUCUGCAUGAGAAAAUCAGCGAAUGGAUGGAGCAUUCCAAAUACUCACUCCAGGCACUGAUUCGUCUUACUAAAUCCCUCGAAUCCCAACCCACGCUUCAAGACUAUCCACUACUUGAACUAACUUCAUAUAGCAACCUUGAUAAAGUGGCAAAGAGUUGUCAGAUGCAACUUGGUUUGCAUAACCUAGCAGAGAUUGAGGAUAUCUACCCCUGUUCGCCGAUGCAAGAAGGCAUCAUUCUUGCGCAAGCAAAGACUUCAUUAUCAAUUUAUGAUCAGCGGCUAACAUGGAAGAUCCAAAACUCUGAUGUGGAUUUGUGCAAACUUCAAAAUGCGUGGCAGACUUUAGUCGAUCGUCAUACGAUGUUAAGAACUGUCUUCAUCGAAUAUCCACUACAGGAACACCACGCCGUCCAAGUGGUUUUCCGUCAAUUUACCGCUAAAAUAUCGCGGAUUGAGUGCAAGGAUAUCGAAGAAUUUCGAAUUACCCAAGCAAAUAGACCAGAAUCACAAAGCAAAGUACUUCACGACCUUGUGAUCUGCGAGACUCAAGACGGCAAUUUCUACUGCGCGUUGAGCUUUAAUCAUAUUUUGGGUGAUGCUAGCUCAGUCCAUCUUAUAGUACGAGAGCUUCAACUUGCAUAUGAGGGUCAUCUCGAAUGGGCUACUCCAUCUCCAUAUGCUGAAUUUGUUUCAUACCUGACACGUCAAAACUCGAGAGCAGUAUAUCAAUACUGGGAGACUGCUCUGGCUGGUGUGGAAGCGUGUGCCUUUCAGAAGCUUACUGAUAUCGAUCAUGACAUCUUACAACUAGAAAGCUCCUCUAUAUCAGAACAAGUUUUGCAAAUGACUCCUCACCAAAUCCGCCGGCUUCGUCGGUUAGGCACCGAAUUUGGCAUCACAACCGCGAUGCUAUCCAACACAAUUUGGGCCAUAAUAUUACGUACCUUCCUAGGCCGUGAAGAUGUAUGUUUCGGAUACCUAGCAUCGGGUCGAGAUAUUGAUCUAGCUGGAGUCGAAACAAUGGUGGGUCCCUUAGUAACUUUACUUGUUUGCCAUGUCAAUAUUCACUCAACAACGCGUCUUCUUGACUUGGCUCGAGCGAUUCAAGACAAUUACUUGCAAAGCCUACCAGCGCAGCAUUAUUCACUAGCCGAAGUUUACCAUUUACUAGGCUUACAGGGCGAGCAUCUUUUCAACACGGUAGUCAAUGUAGUACCAACACGUGUAUCUAUAGAGCCAGGAAAGCAACUAUCCAACGAAAGUUUAGUCAUGGUACCAGUUGAAAUCGUCAAUCCUUCCGAGUUUGAUAUUGCUCUCGAUGUCAUAUACACGGAUUCAGAAGCGAAGAUGGUGCUUAGCUACCGACAGGAAUACCUUUCUGAAAGCCUCGCAUCAAGUAUAAUAGCCACAAUAUCGCGAAUUAUGGACGCACUUCUGGAAAGCCCUGAGCUAGAGGUCGGUCAACUCAAGCUCUGUGACGAGUUACAACAGCAAUCGAUGUCAACUUGGGAGCCUUCAGACGACAUUGAGUCCCAAAUCUGUCUGCACGAGACUAUCGAGGAACGAACGAAAGAGACCCCAGAUGUUGAAGCAGUAUGCGCCCACGAUGGGAACUUCUCUUACCAUGAGGUAUCUAGUCUAUCGAAUCAGCUUGCUCAUAGUCUUGUCGCUCUUGGAGUUGGUCCAAAUAUCUGUGUGCCGUUCUGCUUUGAAAAAUCAAAAUGGGCUGUUAUUGCAAUAAUCGGAAUUCUCAAGGCGGGGGGCUGCUGUGUUCCUUUAGAUCCUUCAUAUCCAGAGGCCCGAUUGAAGUACAUGGUCGAUCUCACAGAUGCUUUUAUUAUACUGGCAUCAGAGGAACACGCCGGCUUAGUGAAGCAUCUCGCUUCAAACUCAUUAGUGGUAUCUCCAUCCUUCUUCACCUUUCCCAAAAACACAGAUACACCGCCUGUCACAGGUGUACGAGCAAGCGACCCAUGCUAUAUCAUUUUCUCCUCUGGGACCACUGGAGAACCUAAAGGCAGUGUGCUUGAACACCAGUCAAUACAGGCGUCGUCACGGAUUCUCGACAACAAACUCAAUUUUGGGCGACAUUCAAGAGUUCUGCAAUUCUCAUCUUAUGUCUUUGACGUAAGUAUCGAAGAAGUCGUCUGUACGUUAAUGUUUGGUGGCUGUGUUUGCAUUCUUUCCGAAGAUGACCGGCUCAACAACCUAGCCUUGGCAAUGGAGCGUAUGCAGAUCAAUUGGAUUGAUUUUACUCCUACCUUGUUACGGACUUUGACGCCAGCUGAGGUACCUCAUCUCAAGACCCUCUGUCUAGGAGGCGAGCUUCUAGGCGAUGACUUGAUUAGACUUUGGUCUAAUUCGGUUGACAUGUUCAACAUCUUUGGUCCGAGCGAAUGCUCUAUCACUCUUACAUCUUCAAAGAAACUAGAGCCAGGAGACAGCGGGACAAAUAUUGGUCGAGGUUACAAAUGCAGAUUUUGGAUUGUGGACCCUAAGAGCCACCAUGUGAUGUCCCCUAUUGGCGCUAUAGGCGAAAUGUUGGUCGAAGGAGGCCAAGUCGGGAGAGAAUACUACAAAAAUCCUUCACAGACCGCGGCGGCAUUCAUCAAAAAUCCAGAAUGGUCCUUGAAGUCCCCCAACAGCUCGGAUCGGAGAAUGUAUAAGACCGGAGACUUGGCUCGCUUUGAUCAAUGGGGUAACCUGGUAUAUCUAGGCCGUAAAGAUCAGCAAGUUAAGAUUCGAGGUCAAAGGGUGGAACUAGGUGAGAUUGAAUUCCAUUUGGCAAGGCAUGCCGCAAUAAACUCCGCAGUUGCUGUUGUCCCAUCUAGGGGAUGGAGUAAAGGAAGUUUAGUGGCAAUCGUGGUCUUGGAUAUCUUAAAGGACGUUGGGACAGACAAAGAACCCUUAAUGAUCUAUAAGGAGGCAUUGCUACAUGGAUCCAAUGAGUUGGCAGAAAUAUCUGCAUCUCUCCAAGUUGCCUUACCGAGGCAUAUGGUUCCAUCGACCAUCAUACCGGUCUACUCGCUCCCAUUGCUACUUAGCGGUAAAGUCAACAGGCGAGCCAUAAAGCAGUGGGUUGAAGGGAUGGAUAAAGAGACAAGUGAGUUGUUAAGAGGUGGGGCUGAAAUUGCUGAUGCGCCUUCCACGGAGCUUGAAGAGCAGCUUCAGGCAAUCUGGAGUCAAGCUCUCGACCUUCCCUCGCGCCUCAUAGGGGUCAAUAUGUCUUUCCUCAGUCUCGGGGGUGACUCGAUUUCGGCUGUUAAAGUCGCAUCGCUGAGUCGCGCGAGUGGCAUUGCUGUAACAGUCCAGGAUCUUUUACGGCGAAAGACGAUCGCCGAAUUGGCAUUCUCAACUGGAGCAGAGGGGGGGAAAUCAGCACAGCAGGAAGAGACCUUAGAGCGAGCGUCCAAGCUUUCACCUAUACAAGCCCUACAACUCGUCGAAAAGCAGGAUCAGUUCGCGCACAGCCUCCUAUUGAGCAUGACCCGGCAUUUUGAGGUUGACGUUAUUAUGGCUGCUAUUCAGCUUCUAGUCAACCGUCAUUCGAUGCUGCGUGCCCGCUUUUGGCGGGAUAGUGAUGGUGAAUGGAAGCAGAGGUUGGUCGCAGACGGAUUGAAGUCAUGGACCUGGCGCACUCACCAACUCGAGACGUUCGAGGAAAUCCAAAAUGUCUGGGCCAGUAAUCAAAUCAGCGCCGGGGUUGAGGACAGUACAGUGUUCUUUUCUGAUUUAUUUCAAACCAAAAAUGGAGCAGACUAUAUCCUGCUUAUGGCCAAUAGACUGGUCGUUGAUUUAGAGUCCUGGCGCAUCAUCUUUGAGGAUCUUGAGGAAAUCUUGCGGACCGGUGGUGCUCUACAGCAACCGCUUUCUCUAUCAUACCAAUCCUGGCUUAAUCGGAAAUCGUCCAAAUCGGAGACUGCACCAUCUCUGGACGAGAUCUCUAGAUUCUGGGGCUUGGAAGCCUUCGAUGGCGGCGAAUUCCAAGCCAGCUUCUCGAUGAACGAAGGGGAAACCCAGUCUUUGAUGACUUCCUGCAACAGUGCAUUUAGUACUAUGCCGAUUGAAUUGAUAAUGGCUGCUGUGCUAGAUGCGUUCGAGCGUGUGUUCAAUAACCGGGACCUGCCAAAUAUUUUUAUUGAAGGGUCCGGGCGAGAGAAUAGUGAUCUUGAUGUAGACAGGACAGUGGGCCUAUUCAAGAAUAGCUACUCAAUCGCGAUUCAACGAGCAAAGACAACCAUCGGACAGUAUGACUCAAGCAGGACAAGAUUAGUUGAGAUGAUCAAGAUUGUUAAAGAUGCGUGCCGCAGCCACGGUAAUAAGGCAGCUUCAAGCAACGAGCCGAUGGAAAUUAUUUUCCGGGCAUUUAACGAUCUCCAAAGGCUUGCAGGAGACAUACUCCACGUCGUUCCUGUACCACAUCAGCGACUGACAACAUCGGAUACAGUGCGGCGGACUGCUCUGUUCGAGGUUUCCACUGCUUGGGAGCAAGGAAUUUUAGCCGUCAGAAUCAACUAUCCGGCUAGAACUCUUCAACAUGAACAGAUAACCAGGUGGAUAAAGGAAUGCCAAGAUUCGAUCCGAUUUGUGAUUCAUUUGACAACGACAAUGGAACCAGAGGCAACACUGCACGAUUACCCCUUACUUCAACUACCGUCAUAUUCUGCGUUAGAUGAGGUCAUAAGUAAUUGCCAUUCGCAGUUAGGUGUUUACAAGUUCGCGGAGAUUGAAGAUAUUUACCCUUGCUCGCCAAUGCAGGAAGGAAUGCUUUUAGCACAAUCGAAGUCGACCAAUCUCUACAACAGUCACAUACUAUGGAAGGUCAAGAACCCAUCAGGCAAGGUAAACACCUACAACAUACAGCGAGCAUGGCAGGCGAUUGUCCAACGACAUCAGAUCUUACGAACGCUGUUUAUCGAGGCUACCGGCGCCGCCGGGACAUUCCUUCAAGUGGUCCUAUCCGAACAAAAUUCGUGUAUACAAUGCUUGGAAGUAGAUGGUCUUGACGAUAUACCUCUUACCACAGGAGCGGAGGAGAACAAUAAUCAAAACACUAAUAGUGACUCCCAAUUCGCGCUCUUUCAGACUGCUACUGGAGACAUUUACAUCAGGCUCGCCGUCAAUCAUGCCAUUUACGAUGCGGAUUCGUUCGUUAUUCUCGUCAGAGAUUUUAUACUCGAGCUUAAUGACAGUCCGCUCUCUAAAGAUGUGCCGCUAUACCGGGAUUUUAUCGCGCAUCUAAUCGAUCAACAGCCAAAAAGUGUCGCAAGUCACUGGCAAGACCAAUUGACAGGAGCCUCGGCCUGUAGAUUUCCUGUCUUGCGGUCUGCCGAUUUCACAAACUCUACUUACGACCGGAAGCAGGUCAUCCUGCCAGCAGAACAAGUGCUCUCCAUUCGGAAGUUCUGCAGAGAAGCAAAUGUUACCCUAUCAACAUUUUUCCGCGCCCUAUGGGUGACCAUUUUGAAGGGGUUUACAGGAUCCGACGAUACUUGCUUUGGUACCGUGGCAUCUGGCCGCGACAUUCCGGUACCUGAGGCGCAGAAUAUCAUGGGACCUAUGAUCACCUUAAUAGUAUGCAGAACCCAGUUGGACGCAUCAAUGAGCUUCCUAGCGGUUCUAGAAAGUAUGCAAAAUAGCUACUUGAGUAAUUUGCCAUUCCAGCAUGUGUCUUUAGCCAAGAUCUACCACAGCUUGGGUCUUCGCAGUGGUGAGCAGCUAUUCAACACCAUUGUGAACUUUCUGGGUCGCGUGUCACAGAUUACACCCAAUUAUGACGAGUCUUGGGCCGUCUUAGAAGAGGUCUCUGGAGGUGGCACUAUUGAGUAUGACAUAACAUUCACUAUCGAGGAACUUCCCACGACGAUAGCAGUGUCACUUGAUUAUUGGAGCUCUUGCCUUUCUGGGGAACAAGCGGAGUCGGUCAUGGGUACAAUCUGCCAGGCUAUUACGUCUAUCCUUAAGGAUCCCCAACAGAGGAUUGGCGAUAUUAGUUUGUUCAGUCCAGCAGACGCAUCAAGGGUGAAAGAUUGGUACAAGCCCGAGAUAAACUAUCCAGUCACUGACACAAUCCAUGGGCGGAUCGAGCGCCAAGCCAUUUUACAACCUACAAAGUUAGCUGUAUGCACAACUGGGCUAAGUUUUACCUAUGAGGAGCUGAACGACUUGGCAAAUCGGUUAGCUUUUAAAUUGAUGCAGCUUGGAGUCGGCCGAGGCAGCAUUGUACCUUUCUGCAUGGAAAAGUCCGUCUGGCCCACUGUAGCCAUGUUGGGAGUACUCAAAACUGGCGCAGCUUUCGUGCCUUUGGAUCCAUCACAUCCACUAAGCCGUCUAGGCUUCUUAGUCAACGAAACGGAAGCAACAGUGCUCCUGUGCUCACACAAUACUUACGAAAAAGCACAAAGCAUAGAUCGGCAUGGAUUGAAUGUCAUGGUUGUUGAGGAUAUAGCCAAUACGACAACCCCUUCCGUGUCUUCGCUACCACAGAUCAACCCUUCAGAGACGGCAUAUAUUAUUUUUACCUCUGGGUCAACAGGCAUACCGAAAGGAGUAGUUGUGUCCCAUCAAGCAGCAUGUGGAAGCUUAGUUGAAUGCGCAAAGGCGUUCCAACUUGACAAUAAUUCGAAAUCUCUACAGUUUUCGGCAUAUACAUGGGACGCGAUGAUAUGCGAGAUAUAUGCAACCCUUGAUUGUGGCGGGACUAUUUUUGUGCCAGACGAGACGGAACGUUUGGAUGGCCUUGUCGAUUACAUCAAGGCGACGAGCUUAAAUUGGCUAUUUUUAACCCCUACCGUUUUGCGGCUGAUUCCACCUCAGCGGCUGGAGGACCAGAAGCUGACCAUCAUCACUAUUGGGGAAUUACUCGGACAAGACCUUAUUGAACGCUGGCAUAAUAAGGCUGUCCUCAUCAAUGCUUAUGGGCCGACAGAGACCUGUGUCGCAUGUACAGCGGGUGUUAUACAAAGCGUCGACAAGACAUUGAGCAAUUAUAUAGGCAAACCGUUCGGCUCUAGAGCAUGGGUAACUGCUCCUGGAUAUCACGAUAUCCUGUCACCAAUUGGUGGUGUGGGCGAACUCAUAAUUGAAGGUCCAAAUCUAGCGGACGGAUAUUAUAGAGAUGUCUCAAAGACCGCGGAGCUAUUUAUUGACAGACCGCAGUGGGCCAGCGAGACUAGCCAUCAAUUCUAUAAGACUGGCGAUCUUGUCAGACAGAACCUAGAUGGAUCGCUGAUCUUCAUGGGCCGCAAAGACACACAGAUCAAAAUUAAUGGACAGCGGGUGGAGUUGGAGGAGGUAGAGCAUCACCUCUCGGGUAUGGAAGGCAUCGAACAUGCGGUAGCUUUGGCCCCUAGAGAGGGUUUACUAAAAGGCAAGCUGGUGACAGUGUUCUCCGCAUCGCAGCACAAUAGCACAACGACGGAGGAUUCAGCUCAGGCGUUGGCACAGAUACCUUUGGUAGCACCAUCGGUACACAGCAAUUUAGUCCAUGAAGUUUUGCAGUUCCGAAAGCAACUUGAGGAGAAGCUUCCUAUUUACAUGGUUCCUACAGUUUGGAUUCCUUUGACUCACCUGCCAUCGCUAUCCUCGGGAAAGAAAGACCGCUCCCAGAUCUACCAAUGGCUCACUCAGGCAGAUGCACCAGCCUGGGCGAUCAACGACGACGCGCUAGGUCAGCUACAGCCAGCAACACCCGCCGAAUUCAAAUUACAACAAAUCUGGGCCGAUGUGCUCAAUCUCCCCGUGGCCAAGGUUGGUACCGAUAGGUCUUUCCUCGGUCUUGGUGGCGACUCGAUCUCAGCCAUGGAGGUUGCGUGGCAGAGCCGUGCGGAUGGUCAUGCUGUCACUGUAACUGUCCAGGAUCUCCUGCGGCGAAAGACAAUCGUGGAACUAGCAUCAAUGGCUGGAGCUGAAGCAACACCACGAGCAAUAUCAGCCGAGGAACCGGCCCUGAAGCAAGCAUCUGGACUCUCACCCGCGGAAGCGGAAGCGCUGCAGGUCUUCCCACUUCUUAAGCUACCAUCGCUUACGGCGCGGGAUGAGGUCUUAAAUAGCUGCUGUUCACAGGUCGGCAUACAGCCGGCGGAUAUCGAGGAUAUUUACCCUUGUUCGCCGAUGCAGGAAGGGAUACUCAUAGCGCAAGCAAGAUCUUCAAAAGUCUAUGAUCAACGACUAACAUGGAAGAUCUCAAGUCCGAUCGCGGACACUCGCCAUACUGCUUUUAAGCUCCAGAAUGCGUGGCAAGAUCUUGUCAACCGUCAUGCAAUUCUCAGGACGGCCUUUAUCGAGUACCCGUUGCAAGGACACCACUUCGUUCAGGUCGUCCUACAUCAAUUCUCAGCCAAGGUAUCGCAGAUCGAAAUUGAAGAAUAUCGCUCCUUCGACAGCAGCGCAAGCCCUCUGUUGGCUUUGCACAAAGUCCCUCACCACCUCACAAUAAGCAAGACUCAAAACGAGGUGUACUGUACGCUAGACUUCAACCAUGCCCUGAGUGACGCUACUUCAGUUCAGAUUAUGAUACAUGAGCUUUGCCUUGCAUACGAUGGUCAACUAGAGCCAAGCGCUCCCUCAUAUGCAAGCUUUAUCUCACACUUGGCAGGUCAAGACUCUAGGGAAGUACAGUUCUAUUGGGAGAGGGCGCUUUCAGGUGUGGAAGCUUGUACGUUCCCAAAACAGGGACAUAGCGAUGAAAACAGCUUGUCCCGAGUGCAGGAGUCUCUCAAACUCAAUGCCCACCAAGUCGGCCAGCUUUAUCGACUAUGUUCCGAGUCUGAAAUCACAAUUGCAGCGCUGUCCAGUACUAUAUGGGCAGUAGUCUUAUCACUCUUUCUGGGCCGGGAAGACGUAUGCUUUGGAUACCUGGCAUCGGGCCGUGACAUAGAUGUGGAAGGGAUUCAACACAUGCUAGGACCACUGGUCACGCUAUUAGUCUACCACACUAAUAUCAGUCAUUCCAGUACACAGCGUCUCUCAGACUUGGCUCGAAUGAUCCAGGGUGACUAUUUACAAAGCUUGCCUUCGCAGCACUACUCGUUGGCUAAGGUUUAUCACGCUCUCGGCAUGCUGGGUGAUCGUCUUUUUAACACAGUAGUCAAUGUGUUAUACUCAAGCACUUCCAGAAAGGAGUCUUCAACCCAGGCUUUGUCCAUGGUUCCGAUCGAUGCAGUCACUCCUUCUGAGUUUGAAAUUUCCCUUGACGUUGUAUAUUCCGACACGGAGGCUACAAUAUCCUUAAGUUACAGCUCAGAUUACCUAUCAAAGGGUCUUGCGUCAAGCGUGAUGACAAUUUUUGCACGAAUCGUCGACUCACUGCUCGCCAAUCCUACCAUAGAGGUCGGUCAACUUGCGGUUUGCAACGAGUUGGAGCAGGAAGUGUUGUCAACCCCUUCAGACAAUGUCGUGCAGAUCUGUCUACACGAAAUCAUUAAGCGACAGACUUUGGAAAACCCGCUUGCUCAAGCAGUUUGCGCUCACGACGGUGACCUUUCCUACCAGAAAUUAUGGUCUUUAACAAACCAGCUCUCCCGCCAUCUUAUUGCUCUUGGGGUCAAACCGAAUACUUACGUCCCAUUCUGCUUUGAGAAGUCAAAGUGGUCAAUUGUCGCGAUACUCUCUAUCCUGAAAGCCGGCGGAUGUUGCGUGCCUUUGGAUCCAACCUACCCGAAGUCUCGACUGGAGUACAUGGUCAAUCUUGUGGACUCGACCAUUAUGCUAACAUCUGCUAAAAAUGUCGAUCUGGUACAACACAUGGUUUCAAACCUGCUUGUUGUCGAUCAGACAUACUUUGUUGCCCACUCUGAAGACGAAGACGUAUCGCCAGUUACAUCUGUGAAACCAAACGAUGCUGCCUACAUUAUUUUUACUUCUGGUACUACUGGGGAGCCUAAAGCGAGCGUGCUAGAGCACCAGUCAAUCGAAGCAUUCUCACAAGUUCUUGGAAACUCGCUGAAUGUUAAUGCGCAAUCGAGAGUCCUACAAUUCGCGUCUUUUGUUUUUGACUUAAGCAUUGAGGAAAUUCUUGGUACUCUAAUACACGGCGGAUGCGUCUGCGUUCCCUCUGAUGGCGAACGACUAGACGAUCUUCCAUCUACGAUGGAAAGAUUACAGGUGAACUGGGCUAAUUUGACGCCCACCGUACUUCGAACGCUGGCGCCAGCUAGCGUGCCACAUCUUAAGACCGUCGUUAGUGCGGGCGAGCCAUUAGGGGAUGACCUUAUCAAGACAUGGGCUUCUAUUCCUGGAAUCGACAUGUUCAAUACUUAUGGCCCAAGCGAGUGCACUGUGGCUGCAACUAUUACCGGGAAAAUCAGGCAAAAUGAUAGCGGAAUGAACAUUGGUAAAGGCCGCUCUUGUAGGAUCUGGAUUGCAAACCCCACGAAUCACCAUCUACUAAGUCCAGUGGGUGCAGUGGGUGAAAUCCUAAUUGAAGGACGCCAGGUUGGAAGAGGAUACCUGAAGAGCCAUGAGCAAACCGCUGCGGCCUUUAUCACCGACCCUGCAUGGUCCAAGACUCCUUCAGCGAAUCGCAAGAUAUACAAAUCUGGAGAUCUCGCACGCUUCAAUGAAGAUGGAAGUCUUGUGUACCUUGGACGGAAAGACCAACAAAUCAAAAUCCGAGGGCAGAGAGUAGAGUUGACCGAAAUCGAGUAUCAUUUAGCCGCACAUCCUGGGGUCCAUUCUGCAGCUGCGGUCGUCCCGCGUCAAGGGUGUAUUAUGGGGCAUUUAGUGGCUAUUGUCGUCUUAACCACACCUUCGAAGCUUCCAGAUGCGGACGAAAGGGAGAUAAGAAUAGCCAGCGAGGCAGUCGGAUCCAGUGCUCUGACGGACUUGUCGACAUCUUUGGAGCAAACUCUGCCAAGGCACAUGGUACCCUCACUCAUCAUACCCAUCCUCUCGCUGCCUUUGCUCGUCAGUGGCAAAGUCAAUCGCCGAGCUUUGAAACAGUGGCUUGAGGAUAUUGACCAAGAAAUGAGCGAGCUUCUAAUUGGCGGUUACAAGUCUGAUCCCAUUGAUCUGCCUUCGAACAACGUUGAAAGCUGCAUACGAGACGUCUUUAGUGAAGUAUUGAAUCUUCCCCUGUCCAGAAUAGGUGUAAGCAACUCCUUCUUCAGCCUGGGGGGUGACUCUAUUCUGGCAAUGCAGAUGUCUUCAAGGCUUCGGGAACAGAACAUAAAGAUAUCCGUGCAAGAUAUAUUUGAACAGAAGACGAUCGCAAAGCUCGCUGCUUCCGCGGAACGAAAUAGCAUUAGUAGUGUGGCAUCUCCAACACGCGGGACACAUCUCAGAUUAGACACUGAAAUCCGGACCGCUUUCCUGAGCAUUUUCGAAAAGCAAUACAGCCCUUCGCCUAUCGAGGACGCUUUUCCCUGUUCUAGCAUGCAGGAAACUAUACUCACGGCUCAAGUAUUGGAGCCUCAAGCUUGGACUGCCAUCGUGCACCUCGAAGUGGAACUUCAGCUCGGCAUAGUGCCGGUAGAUCUUGACAUGCUGGAGGAUGCCUGGCUUAGGGUCGUUAAUCAUCAUGGGAUUCUCCGAACUGUAUUCGUGCCCUUACCUCACGAUAAUGAGUGGCGGUACGGCCAAGUCGUCCUCAAAUCCACCAGACCGUCCGUUGUCAGGCGAGAAAUAAGUGAUACCGAGGCAUCCACACUGGACCUCCGACCAACGACUUUACCUCCGCACCUUCCCGCACAUCAUUUGACAAUCACACGAACACCCUCCGGUAAGACUUUUAUCAGCUUGCAAAUCAGUCAUGCCCUCUACGAUGCUACGGCACUAUCGAUAUUACUCAGAGAUGUGCGACUGGCGUAUGAAGGGGCAACUCUGGCAAGUUCCGCUCCCUACCGUGGCUACUUCAUGAAUACCCAGUUUUUGGAAGAGAACUCCGCUGUGACGCACUGGAAAGCAGUCUUAGAAGGCUAUCAAUAUAAAGCCAUUAAGUUUUCCGAGCCAAGCAAUUGUCCUGAUACAUCAAAUAUGCGCAUGGUCGAAGCAGAUGUUGCAGACAUCUCCAAGAUCCACAAAUACUGCCGAGAACAAUCGACGACGAUAUCAAACCUUUUCCAGACUGUCUGGGCAAUCUGUCUAAGAGAUUUUGCUAGAGAUGAUGACAUCUGCUUUGGAAACAUGAUCUCAGGUCGCGAGCUAGCCGGAUCCCAAUUCGGCAGUGUAAUCGGCCCAUGUGUCAACAUCCUACCCUGUCGAGUCCGUUUCAGCCCGACAACGACGGUUCACGACCUUCAAAAAGCUCUCGAGGGGGAUCUCUUCGCCACUCUGUCUCAUCAGCACUGUUCCCUAGAAAAGAUCAGACAACAUGCAGGGCUAGAGGAUACGCUCUUGUUCGACACGUAUCUUAACGUGCGUAGAGCUCGGCAUCAAACCCAAGACUGUGUGUCUGCACUCUCUUUACAAAGUGUAGAUAGCUACAUGUUUGAGCAGUACCAAAUUGUGGUGUACGUGGAUGAACUAGAUGAUGGGGUAAAGAUAUCGUUAAGUUACCGGUCACCGCUAAUACCAGAUGACCGCGCCAAUGCGCUUCUUGAAUCUAUCCAGCAUGUCAUGGGUGCUGUUAUUGACGGGCCUUUGACAAGACUAGCGAUUGCCACUUGA